GAUCUGGACACAAUGUUUGGGACUCUGCUUCUCGCCCUCAUGAGUGGAUUUGCAAUGGCCUCAGUCACCCCUGAGGGCCUGGAUCGACACUGGGAGCUGUGGAAGAAGAUGCACAAUAAAGUUUACUCUCAACAGAUUGAAGAACUGGGGCGCAGGCGGAUCUGGGAACAGAACCUGGAUAUGAUAAACGUCCAUAACCUGGAAACCACUCUGGGAAUGCACUCCUAUGAACUGGCAAUGAACCACCUAGGAGACCUGACGAUUGAGGAAAUCACACACAUCCUCACAGGUACUCGUGUGCCAGCUGAUCUGGAGAGAGGUCCCUCUACAUUUGUAAGGCUCAAUCAAACACUGCCUCCAUCUGUGGAUUGGAGAAAGAAGGGCCUGGUGACGGAGGUCAAAAUGCAGGGUUCCUGUGGCUCUUGUUGGGCCUUCAGUGCUGUUGGUGCUUUAGAAGGGCAGCUGAAGAGGACCACAGGUACCCUGUUGUCUCUGAGCCCUCAGAACCUGGUGGACUGCUCCAAUAAAUAUGGCAACCAUGGGUGUAAUGGUGGCUUCAUGGCCAAUGCCUUCAAAUAUGUCAUUAUAAACCAAGGCAUUGACUCUGAGGCGGCCUACCCCUACAUGGGCAGGGGCGGUCGGUGCAAGUAUAAUGCCAAGAAUCGGGCCGCCAACUGCUCGUCCUAUGUCUUCCUACCAGAAGGGGACGAAGAUGUGCUGAAAGAAGCCUUGGCCCUCGUUGGUCCCAUCUCGGUUGCUAUUGAUGCCUCACAACCCAAGUUCGUCUUCUACCGUCAUGGUGUGUACAGGGACCAUGCGUGUACUAAGGAUGUUAACCAUGGGGUGUUGGCGGUGGGGUAUGGCACAGAAAAUGGACGUGAUUACUGGCUGGUCAAGAACAGCUGGGGUAUACACUAUGGAGACGGAGGCUAUAUCAAGAUGGCGCGGAACAAACGGAACCAGUGCGGCAUCGCCCUCUUCCCCUGUUUCCCCAUCAUGUGA